AUGAAAGUUUGGGAGAGAGUGGUAGAAGCGAGGAUGAAGAAGACAGUAUCUAUUUCAGAGAACCAGUUCGGACUCAUGCCGGGGCAUUCAACUACAGAAGACAUUCACCUUGUGAGGAGGUUGGUGGAGCAGUAUAGGGAUAAGAAGACUGACUUGGACUUGGUGUUUGUUGACCUUGAGAAGGCUUACGACAAAGUCCCUAGAGAGGUGUUGUGGAGAUGUGUGGAAGCUAGAGGUGUUCCUGUAGUAUACAUUAGAGCGAUUAAGGACAUGUAUGAUGGAGCCAAGAUCCGGGUGAGGACGGUUGGAGGUGACUCUGAGCACUUCCCAAGCAUGAUGGGCCUGCAUCGGGGUUCUGCACUUAGUCCGUUUUUGUUUGCUUUGGCAAUGGACGCACUGACAAGACACAUUCAAGGAGAGGUGCCGUGGGGCAUGUUGUUUGCAGAUGACAUUAUUCGUAUUGACGAGUCGUGGAGCGGUGUUAAAGCGAGACUGGAUGUUUGGCGACAGACUCUGGAGUCGAAGGGUUUCAAGUUGAGCAGGACUAAGAUAGAGUACUUAGAGUGCAAUUUCAGUGAUGUGAGUCAGGUAAAGGACGAGGAUGUGCAGCUGCAUACUCAGUUCAUCCCGAAGAAAGAAAGCUUCAAGUACCUUGGGUCGAUCAUCCAAGGGACUGGCGAGAUUGACGACGAUGUCACACAUCGUAUUGGAGCAAGAUGGAUGAAAUGGAAGCUCACAUCAGGGUGUUGUGCGAUAAGAAGGUGCCACCUAUACUAA